AUGGCAAAUCAGAUCGUCGAAUUAGCCAAUGCUCGCCUUGAGAACAAUAAUGAUCGUCGUGAUCAACACGAAGAUGAAGAGCACCAGUCUGAUGCAACACAUGUUUCCGAAACUGCUCGAAACAAGGAAGGUCGGCAGCCACGAAACAAGGAAACCCGAGGUCCACAGAAUGAGGAAGCUUGGCCAGAAAAUGAAAACACCGAACCCGACAACUCUGUCAGACCAUUCACGACCGAUGUUAUGAACUUUGAAUUGCCCAGGAGGUUCACCUUACCACUGACCUUAACACCUUAUGAUGGGUUGGGAGAUCCUAAGAAGUAUCUCAAAAAAUUUCGAUCAAUAAUGAUCGUCAAUGGUGUUUCCAAUUCCAUUUUAAGUCGUUAUUUUCCAUUUUAUUUAGAUGGUCCUGCACUUGAUUGGUUUUGUUUUUCGCUUGCAGAUUCUAUUUCUCGUUUUCAGCAACUAGCUAAACUCUUCGAGGAUCAUUUUGCUAGAUCUGCAAUCUACCUACAUGAUUCCGACUAUCUCAACACAAUUAAGCAAAGCCAAAAUGAGAGCCUAAAGGACUAUAUUACCCGUUUCACAAAGAUCACCAUGAGCAUACCAGACCUGCAUCCUGAAGUGCAUCUCCACGCCAUCAAAAGUGGACUUCGACCAGGCAAAUUCCAAGAAGCAAUUGGUGUGGCCAAGCCAAAAACUAUUGCCGAAUUCUGUGAGAAAGCCAAAGGACAAAUGGACAUGGACAUAGAGGAAUUACGACAAGCUCAGAAAGCGGAGAAACCUCAGCACAAAGGUGAAGAGAGAACCCGUGACAGCAAAAAGAGCUUUAAGCCAACACCUCGUUAUGAUUCUUACACUCAAUUCAACACGAAAUGA